AGAAAGACAGAGGGAGGGAGAGAGAGGGAGAGCUCAGCAGUCUCUCAGAUCUUUGCUGUGGCGAGGACACCCAGGAGAGCUGCAUUCCUGAAGCAGCCAGUGAACUGGUGAGACGGCAGAGAAGCGGUGAGAAGGACAGAGACAAGGAAACAGAGAGAAACAUAGGAGUUGCCGCUGACAGAUCUUUUUAAGGUCCAGCCACUGUGUCUGACUCCAGCUGGACUUCACCUCCUCUGACACCCGCUCCCUCCCUUCCACUGGGGCUGAACUUCCUGAUCUCUCGCUCUGUUGCUUGGUGGAAGGAGUUGAAUUCACCUGAGAGAGAAGACAUUUCCCCACCUGAGAGGAAUCAGUUGCACCAUGCAGUGCUGAACUGAGCUGAAUCCAGUCAAACAAUCUUCAUCUUAUCUGCUGACAUCAAGUCUUAUAUGGAACUAAAGGUUUGGGUGGAUGGAGUGGUGCGCGUGGUCUGUGGCCUGUCAGAGGAGACCUCCUGCCAGGAUGUGGUCAUCGCACUGGCUCAGGCAAUUGGUCAGACAGGUCGCUAUGUCCUGAUCCAGAGACUGAGGGACUCAGAGAGGCAACUGUUAGCCAAUGAGAGGCCCCUUGAGUCCCUUGCCAAACUGGGCCAGCACGGCAAUGAUGUCCAGUUCUUUUUGCGCCGCACAGGCCCCAGCAGCAGUGAUGGACCGGGGUCUGGCUCUGGUUCUGUUUCCAGCCAGGACCAGGUCUCCCCUCUUCCCAAACACCUGGAACCAGAACCACUUAAACGCAACCAGCCCAAGAAGUCCUUGACAUUCAACCUAGGGCCCUCAACCUCUCCCAAAACCAAGCCAACAACCCGGAAGUCUCCCCAAGCUUCACCCAUUCAGAGGGCCUCACCCAGCCCUGUUCCUUCCCACCAAGCUCGCUCCCCCUCCCCACACCCUCCCUCUCCCUCUCCACAUUCUGCAUCUCCUCCUGUGGGCCCAUCCAAGGAGGAGGUGUUCCGGCAGGUUCUUCAACAGCAGGAGAGGUUGAGGGCUAUUGAGACCCAGCUAGAGGCCCUGGAGAGAGACUCUCGAUCCUGUAACAGGGCCUCCCCAGCUCCUUCCCCUGUCCCAGAGUCUCGUCUCCAGGAAGAUAUAGAGACUCUAGAACAGGCAGCCAAGAGGAACCAGGCUGAGCUGUCUCAUGAGAUGUUCUGGGAAGAUGAGCUGCAGAUAGAGGUGGAGCUAGAGAGGGGGAUGAGGAGGAGGCUGGCGGAACUCCAUGCCAAGAUGGACGACUGCGGCCGGCGACUCCACAACUUUGCAUCUCGCUCCGCCCAGCUGGAGCAGGAGAUCCAACGGGAGAGCCUGGGUGGCAGCAACCAGGCUAGAAGGUCCAAUAAGGCAGGGGAUGAGGAGUCGCUAGAGGCGAUGAGAGCAGAGCUACAGAGCCAGGACAGGCACAGCAAGGAGCUGGAGGUGGAGAUAACCGAGACAGACAGGGCGCUGGGGAAGGCUCAGUCACUGCUGCAGGAGAAGCAGGAGGAGUUGGAAGACUUAAACAAGGAGUUGAGGCAGUGCAACCUGCAGCAAUUCAUCCAGCAAGCAGGAGUUCUACCGACACACACACACUCACGCACAGACCUCACUGACCAACUGGAUCAACUAGAACUGGCUGACUUGCUACAGGAAGGAUAUAGGAACAGAGGAGUAGAACUGCUCCACAUAGAGUCGCCUCCUCGUCCCACCGCCAAGCAGUUUUUGGGACACCCCCGUAACCUACAGAACCCACUGGUUUCCAGCCUCAACCCAGAGGGUGUGUAUGUGUGACACUACCUGCUGCUACCCGCCUGGUUGCCCUGCCUCGGCUUGACUUUUUUGGGCCUUGCCUGAGCUUCUGUUCUCGUACUCAGGGUGGAGGUCCCUACAUGGAGUCCCUGAACCCCUCCAUGACCCAAAAAGCUUCCCUUAAUACCCCUCCUUUGUCCUUUUCAAAUGCUAUUUGAUUCUAAUGCUCUCUGGUUCUCUGAUCGUUCUGGUUUUCCAUGAUAUUGGUCUAUCGGCAAUUGCUUUUCAACUCUGCUAACAUCUUACCCCGCAUCUCUCCUCUUCUCUUCCACCUUCUCUGUACCUUACUCACUGUCUCCCUCUUGACCACUGCUUGCUCCUUUGUUCUGUCUUUCUCUACCCUGUGCUGUGGACUAACAUUAGCUCUGGCUCCUAUGUCUCCCCUUACUCCAGCUGUACUGUAAGGACUGGUGCAGCUGGGUGGUUCCUGAUAGCCCCCAGUUUAUCCCCCUUCUUCCAGUCAGUCCAGUGACACAGGGUGUCUCUCCACCCUCAGAACAACAGGCCCGUUCUCCACAGACAGCUGUGCCUGAACACAAACCCACUGUUACACUGUCACCAUUAUUUCUGGAAAAAAGAGCGGCCCUCUUUUGAAUGAGAAAUUGAACUAGAAAAAGUAUACGUUUGUACUGCUUACUGACUAUAAGGUUUAAUAACAGAACAUUCUUACUGUUUUGGAAGGUACAGCUUUUUUAUAUUUGUGUCUAAGAGGCCCUUUCUUUCUUUGCUUGGGGGAUUACUUCCAUAUUGCCUUGUAUCUUGGUGAACUAUGACUUCCAAAAUAGAAAUCAAUCAUUGUACAGUUGGUUCUCUUCCAUGGGAGGUCAUAAAUACUUCCAACAUGCAUACUUCCUCUGACUCAAUUCGGUUAGAUAGGCCAAAGUAAAAGUUACUGCUAUUUUCCCUAUCAGUUAUUACUCUUCAGAACAUUGGAUGGAAGGAUGCAUUUCAGAAGUAUUUAAACAGAGCCAACUUUCUGAGAGUGAUGCUGGGUUUCCUCCUAUUUGAUUGAAAUGGGCUUUGUUUGUGUUAGUGCGAGCAAUCUUCUGCUCCAUUCUGUUUGCUGUGGCAUUUUGGCUGUUUCUUUGGCUUUAACUAGGAUAUAGAGGUAACAUGCUUCUGGUGAAAGUUGCCCUUCACCCCAGACAGAAUUACAUGUCCUUUACCCAAUACAUUAGUGGUAAAGUAAUGUAUUAACAUUUCUGAAUCAGGGGUCAAGGCCAAUUUCAACCGACUCCAAGGACAUGUUUUGUAUCUUCAUCUACCAAGCUCUCUUAUGCCUUAACAGGAACAUGUUUUGAGAAGUGUUAUCCAAACCAAAUGAAGGGAGACAUCAUCUCCAUUUAUUUUUGUGUGUCUUGCAGUCGUGACAUCCAGAGAAUCGUCAUGGAGAUAAAACAAGGGACAGCAGGGCCAAGGAGAUGUUGUUAUUUGUCGUCUUAAUGUCUAUUUAACCCUGUCUGUCACUAUGAUUACCACUCAGAUUACCACAUAUACAUACUGUAUAUACCAUAGACAUAUAUUUACACUGCUGAGUAGCUAUAUAUGAAAUGUAAAAUAAUUUAGAAAAAUGUUUACUUAGAGAGAUAUGACUUUGUCUAUGUAUUUAAAUAUAAUAAAAUA